AUGGAAGCCACCUAUCAGUCCCUAGCCGAACGCAUCCAGCAGCAAUGGACCAGAAAACAAUCGGCAGAGGGUGACAAUGCCCGGCUUCUUGUGGCCCUCGCCGGAGCGCCGGGGUCCGGGAAAUCGACGAUUGCUUACCACGUCGCCAAGAUCGUCUCCGCGUUACCUGAUGGGCCGUCGAUCAUUGCCCUAUCCGCCGACGGCUUCCACUUUCCCCUCUCCACGCUCCGUUCAUGGCCUAACGCAACGGAAGCUCUCGCCCGCCGCGGAGCUCCCUGGACCUUUGACGGACAUGGUCUGGUGGCCAUGGUCCACACACUCCGUCGCAGGAACGAAACAAUCGUGUUUCCAACGUUUGAUCAUGCCGUCAAAGACCCCGUCGAUGAUGGAGUCGUGGUGCAGCCGAGCAUUCAAGUUUGCAUUUUGGAGGGAAACUACCUGCUCAGUGACGAAGCGCCUUGGAAUAUUAUCGCUGAUCUGGUUGACGACCGUUGGUAUGUGCAUGUCGAGCUGGGACUGGCUCAGAAGAGAGUCGCCCUGCGACAUAGAGAGGCGGGCAUUGAAACUACCAUGGAGAAGGCUUUCAAGCGAGCAGAAGAAAACGACAUGGUGAACGGGGAAUAUGUGGCGAGCCGAAGUCGGGGACGUUACGACAUGUUGAUCGAAAGCGUUGAGGAAGCUUAG